GCACAGGUUUUCUCUGCGUAGUGCUUCAACUCGUAAUUUUUUUUUCCCGUUGCUUUUGUUUUGUAUUUUCCUAUUGAAUCGGCGCUCCGCAAUAGUACAGCUCGAAAAAAUCACCUGUAGAAGAAAAUUUUACAAAGUGCUUCCUAAGCCGCGAAUCCAUUGAUGAAACAAAAAUGACAAUGACUUGAUGUUGUUGAAAGAGAAAAUGCCACCACAACCAAAUCUCGCGGUGCUCCUCCUGAUGUUUUUCUUUCUCUUUGUUUCGCAAAUAUAGUGUAUAGACGCUCCUUCAACACGGGUUCUUGCCGUGCGGGUGCGCUUUUAGUAGGCGUUACAAGUUAAUACAGGUUCAGGUCUAGAAAUAUCUUAUGCUGCUCUCAAUGAUUUCGUAGUUCUUGAAACGGCGACAAUGUCUGAAGAUUUCGCACCAGCAGCGCCAGUAAUCAUGUAGACAACAAUUUUGCACAUGGCAUGGCACGAAGACGAUCAGCAAUGAAAAUGAUUCUUACGAAACAUCAACAGCACCAGCGACAGCGCGACUAGAAAGCGACACAGUUGUAGUGGUUGUUUUUAUGGGAGUUGUUUGUGUUUCACCAUUUCCAAAUAAUAAAAUAGUAGACCGUAGAGACCACUACACCAGAUAAAGUUAGAGACUCUCUCAACAUCUCCCAAUACCAAUCUAAACCGAUUGCGCGGCGGCCUUACUUGAAGAUCUGUGAACUCUACUCCGACACAACGAAGUAAAAACGCGAAUAUGAGUAAAACCAAUGACAAGCACAACUAUGCUGGCGACGCGGCAGCAAAAAUGGUCCCCUGACGAGCUCGAGCUUCGUUGAAAAAUCAUUCCGAUUUCCUCGGUGCCCGCGGUGGAGGUCCUCUUGCUCCCAGAAGCCUGGACAAAAAGACCUGCGUACGACCACGUCCGUGCUGAAUAUUUCGAAUCGCCGUUUUUUUUCACAAUUUAAUUUGUGCUGUUCGUGAAGUAAAAGUCGUACUAGAGGUCGACGAGGACCCCUGGUGCCACUUCUAGUUGUUGACCCACGCCGGCAUCGACAGUCCCGACAUUCCAGCACCAGAAGUCGUGACUAUGUAUUAGUCACCACGUCACGACCUCCACAAGCACGACAUCGGUCUCCAUGCCCGAAGAGAGCAGUGGAAAUUUUUUUUUAUACCGUUUUUUUACAGCUCGCUCCUUCACCAGCAGCACAUCUAACACGCUCUUCUCCGUCCUCCUUCCCGUGUCCCGGACGAUAAUCAACAGAGAAAGCAAGACCUCACAGAUGCAGAUCCUUCUGUGAGCGAUCCCCCCGAGAACGAGAUGAAGAUGAAGUUGAAAAACCAACAUUACCUGCGCUGCUCUCAAAAGUCUUAGCUACGACAAAGAAACGAAGCGGUGAGCGGGCCGCAACGUCGCAGCAUUUUACUUCCACCGGCUCGACGUCUAGGUCUACUUCCUCUGCGUAGCGCCGCAGCGUUGUCCCAUCAAAGGAGCGCAGCAAAGCGAAAGCCCUUUUUCGGCUUCCGGCAGCGACGGGCACGUUGUUUAUUUUCUACUCAACACGACAACGACAACGAGAACGCCAACGCCUUGAGUUCCACUUCAGGUUCCAGCCACUCGCACUAGAAAAAGAAGGAAAAUGCGUGGCGGCACCGGAACCACGACUGGCGGGCACCAGGGCAGCUACGGCAGUGGCGGCGGCGGUGGGCAGGGCUACAGUCAGUUCAUGCAGCAGCAUUACAACAACAAUAACAACGGUGCCACAGGAGCAGCAUCACAAACGCAGCAAGGCUUGGGACCUCCGAACCUCAAUCAGCAAAACACGAACUACGAAUUUCGCUGCAAGCUGUACGAGUUCCGCACGAACGACGACGGAGAGCAGGAGUGGGCCGAUUUGGGUACCGGGUACGUGUUUUGCGAUUUGCGGAAGCAGGAAGAGAUCAAGAAGGUCAUUUCCAGUAAAAGCGACAGUGACAGCGAGAGUGAGGAGGUGGAGGACGACGAAAAUAACGGAAAUGACGACAAAAAUGAGGACAAUGGCAACGUCCAACAUCCUGAAGGCGGAUCCUCGUCUCCGCAGGCGAACGGCGUCUCCCCCGCAGAAGGUGGUGGAGACGAGGGACAAAACAAGGAGAAAAAGAAGAAGAAAAAGAAAAGGUCCGGACCGCAGCACCUGAGGAUGGACUUUGUGCCGAUCCUGUCCCGCGGGAAGCUGCGGAUUCAGACGGAGACAGGGAAAGAAAUCAAAACCUUUCACGUGCUCGGCGCCGAAAGCUACCACAUGCAGACGGACGGCAUGAGCGAAGCCGAAGCGGCGGAAUCUGGAGGUGCGAAAUUUUCUGUUUGCGCGUGUUUGAUGCUUGAAGCAAGAACAUGUAGUAGUACGUCUGGACGUCGGAGUCGGUAGAAGAGGUGCGUGAAAAUUUGCAUGCACGAUACAACGACAACAACUCUCCGUGGGUCUCACCAACUUCUGUCAACAUCCUUCUGUAAGUACUUGUACGACGCGCAUAGUAAUUCGUAAAUAAAAGUACGUUUAGUCAUCAUGUGCAUGGCAGAUGAACUGAACGUACCAAUUUACACACAACAGCCGUUCAAGAAACCAUUAUCGUCUGGGAAGACAUCAUUGGGAAAGAUUUCGCCCUUUCUCUAGAGCGACCGGAGGACGCACGAGCGCUUUAUGCCGUACUGUCGCGAAAACGAACCGACUUGGAGACGAUUGGAAACCCGAUAGGUAUCUAGAAGAAAAAGACCACUACAAGAACAUCUUUGUGCGAAUGAAUGAAGAACACGACCAACGAUCUACGUUUUUCUUGCCAGCAACAUGCGCGUAUAUUUUUAGUCAAGAACCUAGUGAACAAUUCUAGUACGUGAGCAAGAGCAAACUCACCGAUACCGCCCCAGCUCUUCUAUCAAAUUCUCCGCUCAGGUGACACCGAGUUGAUGCUCCGGCGCGCCAUCGAGAUGAAGACCCGGGCGCUGAAUGCCCGGCGGCGGAAGGUGCUCCCGGAUUUUUUGGACCUCCAAAACUUGCACCAAACCUCCAUGGUCCUCUCGAAUUUUGCCACAAAUUUCAUGGCGCGACAGCAGGUGCAGUACGCCCAGGCGCACAACGGACAGUCGCCGCCGCCCACCCAGUAUCCAAGAAAAAAACUGUGUUAGUGUAGCUUUCUGUGGCUGACAGCAUCACAGAUUUGCUCUACAUGAUACAGAGAACCUGUCAUGCGUGGUUUGUAAGGGAAAACACACAUGGAAAGAGGACGUCGUGGCUGUCUGGCAUGACAGGUGUAACUCUGUUGCAUGUUCUGCAUCACAGAUUUACAGUUACACAGUUUUUUUCUUGCAUACCCAGGGGCUGCGGGUCACCGACCACGUGCUCUCCAUCGGCGGAAUAUCAAAUGCAAAAAUGUCUGGGUCUGGAAACUUGUAAUGCUGCGUUGGGAAUAGUGAAUGCUCUGCAAUGCACGGCCAAGCAUGAGAAAUAUCUGCGCUUCUUUGUGUUGCGUUUUUCGCAUGACAAACUGCGUUUUUGCAUGACAGGAAAAGCGGUCUCUUCUUGGACACGCAUCACAAACUUUUUGGUCAUGCCAGACAAGCAUGACAAGUUUCGCAAUCUUCCAGACCCAGACACUUUUGCAUUUGAUGCGGAAUCACGCCGCACAACCGCCGGAUCUGCGCCCAGGAGUCGCAGGAGGAUAGUUGGUAUGCAGUAAUAGAAAUAGAUUUGCGUGAAUUUUUCCAAUUUUUCUGUUUGACGAUAAUUUCUAGGGAUUUUAUUUUGCUUGUACUACAAGAACUCGAAGAACGCAGCUCCUCCGCGAAUUGUUGCGGUGAAGUGUUGUAACUGUAUAGUCAGGCCGCCUCAUGAAGGAGAUGGACGCGCCAGCAUUAACUUUCGAGAUGAAAAGCAGACAUUUAUUUCUCUUCCUCUUCUGUGCAGAAACGACACAAUUUACAGAAAUUGAAAUCCGCACACACGACAUUGUCAUCGAUCUUCAACACAGGCUGUCCAACGUUUCGGACAUGUUUAGCGAGCUGUGCAAGUGGGAGCAGCGCAUCAGGAAGAAGGAGGCACACAUGAAGGCGGCACAACAACUCUCAAAGGAGCAAAGUGCCAGCUCACCGAGCGGCGCCUCAGGAGAUGCUGCUGCAGUGCCUGGCGCGGUGGUUGUACCACUGGCAGCAGCGGACAAUGAGCAGCCUGGUGCUCCUGCAGGAGGUGCCUCGUCAUCGUCUGGAGAAGUUCAGGACGGAAAUAAAAAUGCAGCUGCGAUAGAGACCAAGACAACGACAACGGCAUCAGGUGCUAUUACCAAUCUGAGUAGCGGACCGGACCCGGAGCACGUGCCCACUGCAGGCGCAACUUCAGCAGGUGCAGCGGUUCCCGCUGGUGCACCAGAAGGUCAUCUUCCCGAAGAUCAGUCUGAGGAUGUGGAAAUCAAGGACGCGGCGAUCGAGGAUGUCGAAAUCAAGGAUGCAACUGAUGAUCUGCAUGACGGAGAUGAUCUCAACAAAAAUAAUAACGUGGACAACAUUGCUGUUGACGCAGAAGACGAGGAUGAGCCGAUGCGGGAUGCGAGUAGUAUGUCCAACGGCACAACAUCAAACCAUGCCGAAGAGCCCUCCGCAUCCAGCAGCUCCGCAACCACCGCGCCGCAACAAGGGAAUUAUAAUACGGGACCUAGUAGUGCCACGGAUUCGACGGUGGAUGGCACCAUCCCUGCAGCAGCAGGAACAAGCUCUGGCACCUCUGCCGCCGAAGAUGGUGGCGCCAGCAUCCCAUCGCAAAAUGUUGCUCCUCCACCAUUAAUAUCUGGCGUUGUAACUUCUAGUGGUACGACCACUACAGGUGUAGGAGCAGCUGCUGGUGCCAGUGCCGGUGCCUCACUCGACGACAUUGUUAUCACGGCGAUCGACGGGAAACAGACGAACAUCAGCACCCAGCAGCAUCAGCAGCCGCAAGAAGAGCCCGAACCUGGAACUUCAGGAGGGCUGGACUCGGCUAUAGUACAUCAACCAGGAGGCUCGGACAAUAUUAAAAACGCCGCCGGGCCCCCGCAAGAUCAUGAAGGUAGCAAAAUAAACCAGGUUCAUCUUCCCGGUGGAGGAGAGCAGCAGCAGCCACCUGGAAGUAGUGCAACAGCUGCAGGACCUACUACUACUUCGCAGGAGCCUUGCAAUAGCAAUUCCGAGAAUGUACAACUAGUUUUUGGGCCUAAGGAACCCGAGGAACUACCGCGGCCGUAUAUCAACCCGGAAGCUAUUUUUCACGAGAAGGUGGGAUUGAUCAACGCCAAGAAGGAUUUGUUCGAGAUCGUCCGCAACAUGCUUUUAUGCAUUGCAAAAGUAUCGCACUAGUAUGAUUUGCAUUACAAAUUUUUCGAGAAGGAAAUAAAAGGAAUCUGUAAUGCUGAUCCACCUAAAAAAGGACAUUUGUAAUGCAUGACUGCAAUUACUACGAGUGCGAUACUUUUGCACAGGAUAGCUUUCGCUCGCCGACCAGCACCUUGUGCGGAAGAUGCUGAUAUCCACAGCAAAUUUCCCGUACACGACGUACACAAGCCGUUUCUGCAUGACAAAGCUUCCCUUAAAUCCUGUUCAGCAUGACAAGUUGUCUGCUCUAAGUUGGCGAAAUUUGUGCUGCAUGUUGUACAUGUACGGGUGGAAAUUUGUAUUGCACAGCUGAACCACACGAACUACGAGGCCAUGAUUGGGAUCAUGGAGUUCGACCCCGGACUGGCGAUGGUCGUCCCCCACCGCCAGAUUCUGAAGCGCGACGUGAAGUUCAAAAAGGUGAUCACCUUCAAGAACGACGAAAUCUUCAAACUGAUCGACCUGAACCUGCGGGUGCAGUACGUCCGCGACGUGGCCAUGGCCCGGCUGCUAUGCAUUGCAAAAGUAUCGUAUUCGUAUAAAUGCAAUACAAAUUUCUGCAGCAUGAGAAAAAAAAUUUGUAAUGCAGAUUUAGCUUAAGAAAGGGAUUUGUAAUGCAUGAUUGCAAUGCGAGUACUUUUGCACAGGAUAGCUGCUGGACGACCAAAAUUCCGCGGUCAUGAACAUCAUCGUGGGGCUAUCCUGAGUAAAAACGUACCCACACCAGAGCUAAGUUUGGAAAUCUGCUAGACAAAUCGACUAGCUUUGGUUGUUUGGCAUGACAAGUUUGUCCUCGGAGUGUAAUGCUGUUUCCCUAGUUCAGAAGCAUGACAGAUCUAGCAUAGUAUGCUGAUUCUAGCAUCACAAAUUCCAAAACACGAAAGAAAAAUACUUCUCAUAGAGCUCCGCAUGAGAAACUUUUUUGGCAUGCGGAAUUGCAUGACAGCUAUGGGGUGGGGACGUUUUUGCAUAUGAUAGGGGCAGAAUUUGAACCAGCUGAUCGAGGCCAUUUGCACCAACUCGCCCAGUCUGCUAUCCACAGUAAAUUUAUUCCCGUACACGAAGUACAAAUGCAGUCUCUGCAUGACAAAACUUGCCUUCAAUCCUAGUCCAGCAUGACAAGUCGGACCCUGCAAGGUAGUGACAUUUGUCAUGCAUUUGGUACAUGUGCAGGAAAUUUGCAUUGCAUAUCUGCAGCAGAGUUCCUACGCGAUGCAGCGGAAGAAGAUGAUGCGGAACAAUGGGAUCGACAUGGAGGAAAAUAACGAAGUGUUGGAAACCAUUUGCCAGUAUCCUGUGCAAAAGUAUCGUACUCGUAUUGCAAUCAUGCAUUACAAAUUUUCUUCUCAAGGUAAAUCCGCAUUACAAAUUUGAUUUCUCAUGCUGAGAGAAUUUGUAAUGCAUUUAUACGAGUGCGAUACUUUUGCAGUUCAUAGCCAGCAGCUGGCGGCCAAGGAUUGGCUCACCUUGGACUUCGUAGCGGAAGCGCUAAGAACGGUGCGGUACCAGAAUCACGCCCUCAGUCCAACGGAAAAGGAGAGACUGUAUAAAUAUGGAUGCUUUUGAUGGAUGCUUGUUUUUUACCAUUUCGGGAGGAUUUCAAAAUUUCAAUUCCCUGCGUACAGAGACGAACAAGUAACAAAGCAAGCAGUUCUUUUUAGUACAAUCAAUACUAUGAUAUUCAAGCUGCUAGUACUCUGAGUUCACUCGGAUUACAAGAACUUCAAUUUGAUCGACGAAAAUUCAAAGUUUUAUUUUUAUUGAAAGGAUAAAUCCGCGAAAUUUCAAUUUUUUAUUUUUAAAGAGUGGGCGAACCUGAGGAAAAAGAAGAGCCAAGCUGUCACUUUAUUCGAAUGAAUGAGACAAAUCCAGGAAUGGUGUUGCCUCGUCGUUUUUUUGGUGCAGAGUUUUGCAGUUGAAAAUUCAAAAUCCGUGAAAUUUUAAAAUUUUAUUUUUAUCACGUCGAAAAUUCUGCAAAGUGUCAAAUCCAAAGUUUAUUUUACAUUUAUGAUCUAAUCAUGCAUUGGUCGAAAAAGAUCCUAUCCUCAAUGUGUCGUGUGAAGUUGUGAAAGCCUCAAAAUACAUAAAGUCAAACGAUGUUUGUAGUUCAUCUACCUGGAUUUUAUCUUCGAUCCAAACCAUCCUUCAGGUACAUCGCUUUCGAGCGAAAGCAACUGUUCAACCUCCUGCUCCCCUUUCUCCUGGAGCCCGAAGUCCCGCACGACGGCGACGUGAUUGGUUUCGAAGUGGAAAACCCCUUAUGCGUUGCAACCACGUCUGGGUCUGAAAGAGUUGCAACUUGUGAUGCUGCUUCUGGACGGCGCUAAAACGAUCUGUAUUGCCUGAGCAGCAAGAGGAGUUCCGUUUUUGCUACGUCGAGAGGGCACUUUCUGAUGCAAGAUAGGCACCAGCACAAAGGACUCAGAAAAUCUGUGAUGCUAGAACACACAACAUCAGAGACAGCAUGGGGCACGGAAUAGCUGCAUGAGAAGUUGUCCUGUAAUUAUCUUCCAGACCCAAACAUAUUUGCAGUUGAUAACUCUACCACAGCGACGACUUUCAGCAGCAGUUGAAAUUGAUUGACGACCUGGAAACCGUGAACGGGCCAGGUGCAUAUGACAAUGCACAACUCCCCCUCCCCCUCAUUUGUAUAGCAUGGGCGGCAAUACAAGCAUGAGCAAGAACGCCGGUUCUGCAUGCCAAAUACAAAUUUGCACUGGAGUGUAGUGCUAUUUGGACCACCAGAACUUGUCAAGCAAACAGUGCCAAGAGGCAAAGGGUGGCUUGCGUAUUUUGCAUGACAAAUCAGGGGGAGGGGGGGUUGUGCACUGUCAUAGUGCAGCUGCCACGACCAAUAAUAUCGACGGCGCCGGGGACAAAAAUGAUCUCCCAAUGACUCCAAGAGGACCCUCUUCCACGACGCAACAAAGCGGCGACAGGAAACAAGAUUCCUCUCCUGCUAAACAACUUAGUACCAGUGGGUUGGAGGAGGCUUUGAAGCUGUCAGAUAAACUGACCACGACGGCGUUGGAUGGGACGCUGAUCCCCCUCACCCCCCGGACCGCGGCGAAAAAGUUCGAGAACCUCGCGGGCCCCUUCCCGAUCCGCCGAUCCCCGCACGCGUCCACGCGGACGGUCGCGCUGGACAUUCUGCAGAUGUUAUGCACUGCAAAAGUAUCGUACUUCUCGUAUAAAUGCAUUACAAAUUUCCUCAGCAAGAGAAAAAAAUAUUUGUAAUGCGGAUUUACCUUUGUUUAGGAAAAAAAUUGUAAUGCAUGACUGCAUUAGCAAUACGAGUACGAUACUUUUGCACAGGAUAGAUGUACGCGUACCACAACCCCUCGUUGAUCCGCAAGCACGCCAUCGACAAUCCCUCGUGGCUGAAAAAGAUCGCGGAACUUUUGUUGGUCGAAAACGACCAGCCCACGCAGUCCCUUGUGUGCGAGCUCCUCCGGUGGUGUCUGGACUUCGAAGCGCAGCACAACCCGCAGCUGUCCGCCAUGCUGGCCUCCGCGGAGUCCGGGUCCGGCGGGUUCGGGUUCCAUAAUUUCGCCAACGUGCAGAAGGUCGGGGGCGCGGAGCGGGAGGGUUUUUGCGAGAUUAUGUGGGACAAGAGCCAGGGGGUCAUGGUGCCGCUAGUCACGGCCCUGAAGGAAAAAACACUGUUCGACGAGAGGAUGGAUGGUAAGUGUACUUAGCUAGUAGUACAGAGAAAAGAUCUUGUAAUUUUUUUGGCCAAGACCCAACUUUUGAGGUAUAAAAAUGAUGAAAGGCAGCUUCUCCCUGUCAUCUUCUACUUCGGUGACUCGAGCCUAGAUAGUUGUGGAAGAUGACCCUUAAUAUAAUUUCUUCAACAUCACAAACCACACAACUUCUCCAUAUAUAUACAACGACAGAGGACGCCCGUAACUUUGCCCGGCAGUGCAUUUUGGAUAUCCUGUGCGCCGGGCUGCAAAAAUCCGUGACGACCAACCCGAAUCCGAAUAAGAAGCAGGAGCAAGUGCAGGUGAUCAUUUUCAUUGCCAACCUGGAGUGUUGCCAGAAAGUGAGCAAACUGUUCGCCAUUCCGUGCAAGUUUCUGCACAUCGCGAUCAUCAAAUUCAUCCGCACCGUGAUCAUGCGGAACCAGGAACAGCUGGGCCGGCUGCUGAUGAAGUCGCCGGACAUCUUGUGGAAGCCCGUGAUGAAGAUUCUGAAGGACCAGCUGGAAGAGAUGGCCAAGCCCGUGGUGCAGCAACUGAGUAGCUACUCAGGCGCAGGUGGAGGUGCCAGAGGUUUUAAUAAUCGUGGUGCUGCGUCAGCGUCCUUGUCUUCCCCAAGAACGGGUCUGGACAUGAUGAAUUCCCCGUCCUCUCCACCCCCUGGUUCUACAGCUUACCAACAAUCCGCGAGCCAACAGGCCGCCAAGCGGUACGCGGGCAACUCGCUGCUCUCCUCGAUUUUGGCCCUGUUGCAGGCCAUCGCGCAGGGGUCGCAGCAGUUCCAGUUGAUGCGGCAACUGAUCAAGUUUCUGUUUGAGCACUUCUAUGGGGCUCUCAAACGUUACAUUCUCAACUGCUACAUGAUUUGUCAUGCAAAAUUCCAAUCAGAGUCGAUAUGAAUCCUCGCCCACCCCCCGGGGAGGGGAUCCUUGACCUGUGGCGCUGGGAGCGGGUGUCCACUACAUGAUGAUGAAUCAAGCUCCCUCGCAUGACAAAUUCCCGAAGGGACAAACAGGAUGAGAAUCUGUGCCAAGUCUGUCAUGCAAAAGGCGCAAUCUUCCCCCUUUCACUUUUGGCGUUCUUGCAUGACAAAUCCAUGUAACAGACGAGAGUGUAACAGCUGAGAACGCCAUAACUUCGAGAACGAGGUUUUCAUCGAGCCCUGGUGCAACCGGAACUCGGACGCGGAGCGGUUUGCAGUGACGAAUAACCAAAUAUCAAAUGUAAAAAUGUCUGGGUCUGGAAGCAUGCAACUUGUGAUGCUGCGUCUGGAUUCUACAAAAGUCUGUAUUGCAUGAAAAGCAAAAGAGGUCCAGUUUUUGCCACGCCGAGAGGGCAUUUCUCAUGCGGUACAGGCAUCAGGAAGCCCUCACAAAAUCUGUGAUGCUAGGGAAUGCAUCACAGACAUCAGAAGUCAUGCAAAAUGUGCACGACAAACCUUGCAUCCUUCCAGACCCAGACACUUUUGCAUUUGAUACCAAAACCAGAAUGGCAACAUCUUCUCCGGUAUCGGGCCCCAGCCCCCUCCCCCGAAAGACGGGGGCGGGGGCCCCAACAUUCCGGGGAGAAAAAAGGACUUCCGCGAGGUGCAGGUCUUGUCGAAAGUUUUCGUCAGUUACAAAGCGAUCAUCAAGGCGGAAGAUAUCCAGAAAAAAACACCCAUCCCCAUCCAUUUUUUGCAUGACAAAUAGUGGACUCUAUGCAUGUUUUGCAUGACAAAUUGGAUGGGGAUGGGUGUUUUCUCCUGGAUAGAAGAGCGGAAGGUGCAGGAAUUGGAAUCGGAGCGGCAGCGGAAGCAGUUUUUGGAGGAGGACUUGAGAAACGCGACGCUGCGGGGCUCGUUCGGGAACAAGGGCGGGGGUGGUCUCUUGCUGGAUCCCAACGCGCUCGCGCGGGCGGACGAACAGGCGUUAGACCACGAACUGGAGGUGGAUCUGGAGCAAUUGGACAGAAGGCGGCGCGCUUCGGAGGACGACGAUUUGUCGCCGAUAGGGCCGCCGGGACGAAGCAGCUCCAGCGGGAGCGGCGGGGCGGGACCGAGGAGAAGGUACUUAUGAGUUUACUUAGAUCAAUGUCCGCACGGGUUGCAUUGCUCGGCAUCAUUGAUAGUUGAUUAUACCAGGUUGUAUCAACGUUCGCGCAUCAUCGACAUUGCUGAAAAACAAAAAACAUCAAUCGCACUAAGUUAUACCGCGAGGAGAACUAGUCCGCAUGUUCAGAAGUUACAAGAAGAAUAAGAAUUCCAAUUCGAACAAGCUGCUAGAAACAGUACCUCCGCUCUCUGUCAUAUAGCGCAUUUUUCACGUGGGGUAAAACUAAAAGAUAUGCGUAUGCCACGCAAAUACUUAAAUAAAUUCCUCCACCAACACGAAUUCUCACAGGCAAGAUUCCAACUAUGUCGUCGACGACAGUUGGUUCGAGAAUUCAGACAGUGACAGCGACUCCUAUGGCGUUCUCAAAUGUUACAUUCUCAACUGUUACAUGAUUUGUCAUGCAAAAUUGCAAUCAGAAUCGACGCAAUCAAGCUGCUUCGCAUGACAAAUUCCCGACGAGCCCAACAGGCUGAGAAUCUUUGCCAAAUCUGUCAUGCAAGAAGCGCAAGGUCUCCUAUUUCACUGUUGCACUUUUUGCAUCACAAAUCCAUGUAACAGUUGAGGAUGUAACAGUUGAGAACGCCAUAACUCCUCCAGUUCCGACUCCUUGUCAUCCAGCGACGACAGCCCGCCGCAUGCCGGCCGCGGCGCCGCGGGACCUUUGUUGGGCCCCCACCCGCAGCCGGGAACUGCGGGUGCAUUUCUGUCCAGUAACAACACUGCAAGUGCUGGCACCUCUAGUUCCUCCUCUUCGUCCAACAUCAAUCGGUCCGUGAACAAGUCCCAGAAGCAGAAGAAACGCAAGUCGCGAGAGGCUCUGAAACUACCCCCGGUGGUCAACAUGCAAAAUCACGAUGAUGAGGAGGACAACAUGAUCAGCAGUCGCGGACGAGGGGCGACUAAUUAUACUUCGGGUAGCCGGGCAGCAGCUGCUGGCGCACCACCUCCGACCGGACCUGUUUUCGGCCCCUUCGGCCCGCCGAAUCGAGCAGAAAAUAGUACUCCUACGACGACCUCGACGGCAUCGUCCUCCUCUUCUUCCAAUUCGAUACAGGAUCUGUUCCUGGCUUCGGGGUUGGUCAAGAGCAAAACCGCAAGUAUUUUGGACGACGACUUUCUCCCCGAUUACGAGGAAAAGCCGGCCAGUGCCUUCCUGCAGAUGAACCGCGAAACGUCUACAAGAACUUCUGGAGGUACUAGUAGUUCUACUUCUAUGCCCUUCCGGCGCGGGAACGCCUUCGGGGCCGCAGCAUCGAGUGGCGGGAGGAAUCUGGCUGGAAACUCGAUGAAAAUCAACAUUUCUUCCACCUUUGACAAGACGGACGAGGAACUGCACAAGCUCAUCGAGGGAACUACGGACAGUGGCGGCGCUACGUCCGGACGAGGAGUUGUGCAGAAUAAGGUACCUCUAAAGGCUCAAGCUCACAUGCACAUGAUACUCUUUGUGGCUUCGAUUUCCCAGCAUGCAAAUUUUGAUCUAUGUAUUUCUAGUUACUGUUCACGAAGUGGAAGUUCUACGACCAAUGCUAGAUUUGAACGGUGAAAAAAAAAACAUUAUACACAAAACAGCCCGACACUGCUCCCUCCAACCUGCAGAGCCGAAAGCGCACUGCGCACGUUUUGUUAUCCAGGAAAAAACACCCAUCCCCAUCCAUUUUUUGCAUGACAAAUAGUAGAUUUUAUGCAUGUAUGCAUGACAAAUUGGAUGGGGAUGGAUGUUUUUUCCUGGAUAUUUGUCCGAGCAAGGCUACUACAAUGCUGAAGAGGAGGAUAUGGGAUUCUCAAUCGUUACAUUCUCAACUGUUACAUGAAUUUGUGAUGCAAGAAUGGCAAUAGGGAAAGACCGAAUCUUGCAACUCUUGCAUUACAAAAUCGGCACAGAUUCCGAUGCUGUUUAGCCUUUCCAAAAUUUGUCAUGCGAAGUAGCUUCACCGUGUGGACGUUGAUGCUGAUUUUGCAUGGCAAAUCAUGUAACAGUUGAGAAUGUAACAUUUGAGGACGCCAUAGAGGACCAGAGUGCGAAAAAGCGGGAGCUGUCGCACCACAGAACCAAUUCGGCCGGGACAACGGGCAGCUCGUCUUCAGCGAGCGAGAAUCUGAAUCAGCCUGUGGAUUUCCUCAAAGCUAAGUUUGGGUACACAUCAUCCACCUCAUCGAGUAGCAGCGGAGGAGUUUUUCCUUCCUCCAGCACCAGCGCUUCGCUGCAGCAGCCGGGCGUGACCAUUGCUGCUCCGACAGUUGUCAAUAGCUCUGCAUCCACCUCUUCUAGUGGGCGGGACCACAAGUCCCUUUUGCUGCAGAAGGUUGACGCAGCCAUAGAGGCCGGGGAAAGGGAACAGCAUCAGCUACAGAAACAAUCUUCUGACGCGAACGCAGCCGAUGUGGGCGGAGCGGCACCACCGGUGAUAACGGUGCCGGCUGUUUCGAACUUGAACCUACUUGUUCCAAGUAGUGGAGCAGGAGCAAGUUCUUCCUCUGGCAGCUCGAGCUCUACUAUUGAAAGGAAAAAUCCCCCCUCCCCAUAUCGGGCCGAAGUCUCUGAUGCUGGAUUUCCGCACACAGAUCAGAUUUGUCUUGCAGUAGAGGACUGCAGGCAUAUGUCAAGCCUCAGGCGAGAGGUUUUGACAUAGGCGCCUAGCAUGACAAACGUGAAUGCUCUAAGCCCAACAGCAUCACAAACCGCCUGCAAAAUGCAGGGCGCUCUCUGAACUUGCCUUCUUGCAAGACAGACAGGAUUUGAGGUCACAAAUGCGCAUCACAAAUUUUCAGACGGAUACGCUUUCAAUAUGGGGAGGGGGGAUUUUUCUCUACGAUAUCUACAAGUCCGCGGUGGUUGGAGGAAAUGAAGCACUCGGUGGAAAUAUCCUGAGUAAAAACGUACCCACACCAGAGUUGUAAUGCAGAUUUGCAAAGACAGGAAGACUUGUAAUGCGCAUCCCCAUGAGAGCCAUUUCCAGUCGUGUUUUGGAAUUUGUGAUGCUGUGAACAGGAUGAGCAGCUGGAUUUGUGACGCCGCUGCACUUGGUAACCUGCACUACACUACAGAGUGCAACUUGUCAUCCGUGACUCACAAAACGGCUAGGUUUGUGUUGCAAAAUCCCCAUGCUGACUCUGGUGUGGGUACGUUUUUACUCAGGAUAGGAAAAGCGCAAGCAAGAAUUGGCUCAGAAAGAACAGAGUCAACAAAGCGGCAGUUUUUUCUCUCCGUCGACUAACUCCAGUUCUACUGCUCUCUUCGGGGCGGGUGGUGCUGCGCCAACAACCGGUGCUGGGGCUGCAGGAGGUCGUGUUGCUGCCGCACUCCUCGAAAAUAACGGAUCAGCAAAUACUGCGGGCAACGACCCGAUUGUUGGCCCUUCGCUUGCUCCAGGUGCUGGAGGACCAAGCUCAGUGUCUUCUCCUUCCGCCGGCGCUUCCUCAAUUGCGGCUAUGGUCGCAAAUAUCGCCGGUGCCAACGUGCUGAAGAGCAGUGCUAUGGGAGGUGGCGGACCACUGGUCGCGGGGGCCCCCGCGCCAUCGUCUUUGAUAUCCACAGCUCUGGCUUCCCCACGAAGUAGAACGACGACUACAGCAACUGCUAGUAAUUAUGUCAACAUCGGCCCCACCGGACCACCGGUAGUUGCACUGCAGAAACAUUCUUCCAGCAAUGCUGCGACCACUGCUAGCCCGGCACUGUCUUCUUUGAUCCCGCGAGGUGAAUUUGUGGGUGGUAACACAGGUGCUGCUGGUGGCCAGGUACAAGGCACAAAUAAGACAGGCUCUCCUACUUUCGUCGACAAUGGUAUCAGCAUUACGGUCGUGAAAACCUCCACUGGAGCGGGUGGCGCGACUAGCACGACUUCGCGAGGAAGUAAAUCGUCUUCGAGUAGUCCGGUGUUGAAAGACUAUCAAGAGAUUGACACCGCGACAAAAAAACCGGAGAAGAACAUUUUUGACGAGUACGACAGCGACCUCGACUCGGAUAAGGAAGACGAUGCUGUUGUUGUUGAAAAAAAGCCAAGCUUCCCUUCACCGCCGACAGGACCAACCGCGACGGGGGACAAGGACAACGCGCCUAAAAAAGGCUCUCUUCUACUUUCCUCACCAAACGGUGGAGGUACUACAUCAACUUCCGGGCCUGGUACCGCUUCUGGCAGUGCAGCUGCUGUCGGUGCCGCCCCCGCGACGGCCCUCGGAAGUGGUAGCAGUGCAACUGCUGUUGCUUCACCUGGAAGGAAUGCGAAUGAAACAAGUGGCAAGAAUAUGAAGGUUGAUGAGCGGUCUCCUCUCGCACCUGCUGGUGCAGCUGCUGUGGACAAAAAUGACGACAAGAAGGAUCCGAACGACAUUCCUAUCCCUGAUGAGGACGAGGAUCUGAUGCUUGACCGCAAUGCAGUAGAACCCGACCAGCAGGUCGCGAAGAGGCUAAGGACGGAGUGA